AUCCUAAUAACUACACACAACAGCGUGUCACGCUUCCAUUGUAACAUGGUUACGCGGUAAAUAGAAUAGUAGGUUAAAAAUACAUUUUGUGUCAUUUUAUAAACAUUGACAGGUCUCACUAGUGAAGUUUAGUCUUUGCUCAGUAAAAUAAAGAGCGAAGUCGAUCACUGACAGAGACAAUGGAGCAUAAUCGUCGCUAUGCUACAUCGAUGGGUCGGAAGAUAGAAAAAAAUAAGUCAUAUCAUGCAUUUGACACCGGGGGCAGGCCAGUCGUAUCUGGUUGCGCCGGCGCGGCGGUCGCGUGGAUACUGUAGUGAGAGUGGUGUGGACUGUGGACUGUAGCACAAGAAACUGGCAGGCUAAAGUACAGGGGACCAUACAGGAGAGGGAGCAGGGAAGAUAUAGCGCAGUGGCCUAUAGUACAGGAGGGUGAAGCUGUAGCACAGUAAGCUCAUAGUCCAGGGGGAUCAGAGAGCAAGGAGACAUAACACAGGGCGACGUCAGCACAGAGUGAUGGAGCAGGGCGCGCCGCUGAUGGGGGCGGGGGAGCGGGUGGUGAUAGUGGCGCCGGCGGCCGCGGGCAAGAUCCUCAUCCGGGAGGACACCAUCAUGAACAACCUGCAGGGCUGCGCGGGCUGCGGGCGCGCGCAGUUCACGUGCGCCGGGGUGCGCCGCCAGUGGUCGGGCCUGUGCUGGGGGCAGACGCUCACCAAGCGCUACUAUUGCUUCGUGGUGGCGCUGUCGGCGUUGUUCUCGGUGAGCCUCAUCGCCGCCGUCUUCCUGCUCUUCACCAACUCCUUCAACGAUGCCAUACUCUCGAGCAUGGCGUUGCGGAACAACUCGCUGGCGUACAGCAUGUGGCGGCGGCCGACGGUGACUCCAACGAUGCGGGUGCACCUGUUCAACUACACCAACUGGGAGGCCGUGCGCGACGGCAGGGAGGACAAGCUGCAUGUGCAGGAAGUGGGACCGUACGCGUACUCGCAGCACGUGGAGCGCGUGAACACGAAGUUCGACGGAGAGCAGCUGACGUAUCAGGAGAGCAACCGCUUCCGGUUCCUCCCGCACAAGAGCGCCGGCUCGCCCUUCGACCACGUCAACGUGCCCAACCUGCCGCUGCUGGCGGCGAUAUCCCGCGCCGUGCACUACCCGCUGCUGAUGCAGAUGGGUCUGGCGUCCUCUCUCAACCUCGUCAACCACAAGGAGGCCUUCCUCCAGCUGCCCGUCGAGAGGUUCCUGUGGGGCUACGAGGAUAGCAUCUACGACACCGCCAAGACCUUCCUCAGCAUCAACGGCCAGCUCAAGUACAAGAACUUCGGCCUGCUCGUCGCUAAAAAUGGCACGUCCUCCGACGUUUUCACGAUCAAUACGGGCGCGGCGGACAAGGACAAGAUGAACAUCCUGGAGCGGUUCAACGGCGUCACCAGCCUCGACAUGUGGGGCACCGCCGAGUGCAACAGUAUCUACUCAACGGACGGGUCGAUCUUCCCGCCGUCGAUACUGGACCGCAACCAGUCGCUGUACGUCUUCUACGCCAACCUCUGCCGCCGCUUCCCCUUCCACUACACCGAGGAUGUCGAGAUAGCGGACGGCAUCAAGCUGCUGCGGUACUCGCUGCCGGACAACGUGUUCGACGACAAGGAGCACAACCCCGCCAACCAGUGCUACUGCGAGCUCGACUCCGGCGCCUGCCCGCCGCGCGGCGUCAUCAACGUCACCGCCUGCACGCAGGGUUUCCCGGCGUUCGCGUCGUUCCCGCACUUCCACCUGGGCGACCCGGCACUUCGCUCGCAGCUGAGCGGGCUGCGGCCGGACGCGCGCCCCAACUACCUGGACGUGCACCCCACGCUGGGCAUCGCGCUGCGCGGCAAGUCCUCGCUGCAGCUCAACGUGCAGGUCAAGAAGGGCGCAGUGUUCGGCGCGCUGCGCUACCUGCCGCAGGACAUCAUCCUGCCCGUCGCCUGGAUUGAAAUGUCAGUGGAGGAUCUGCCGGAGUCGCUGCAGUCGCUGGUGUACCACGGCACGUACUCGACGGCGGCGGCGCGGCUCGGGCUGUCGGUGUUCGCGGUGCUGGCGCUGGUGCUGUCCGCCGCGUGCCUGGCGCUGCUGGUGGCCGGCCGCCGCCGCAAGCCCUGCGCCGUCGUCAAGGUGCCCGUCGACACUAAGCCGGAAUCCUGAGCGCCCGUGGUCGAGUGCCGUCGACGACUCGAGUCAUGAUCGUACCGACAGUAACCACGCAAUACCAAAGUCAACACCAAAAGUAGGAUAUAAUCGCAGUCAGUAAUGAAUUUCCAAUUAACUUGUAGAAAGUCACAGAAUGUGGUUACAUACAGUACUGUACAUUAGACAAAAAAAAACAAAAUCCUGACGCUGUAAAGCA